ACGUAGAAGAAGGAGGGGGGCGUCCUCUCCCCUGACAGUCCGCCAUGCUCACCCUGCUGCGCCACUGUGGUCACAACCUGCUGACACCCAGUGCCGUUCACACAGUAAACAACAGCUACUACGUCACACAGAUGGGUAAGCGCGUGGCUGUGGUGUUGGCUGGCUGCGGGGUUUAUGAUGGCAGCGAGAUCCACGAGGCCUCCGCGGUGUUGGUCCACCUGAGCAGAGGAGGCGCGAGCGUCAACAUGUUCGCCCCCAACAUUGACCAGAUGCACGUUGUGAACCACCUGAAGGGCGAGCCGUCCGAGGAGAAGCGCAACGUGUUGGUGGAGAGCGCGAGGCUGGCCCGCGGGAACAUCCAGGACCUGGCUCACCUCAGUGUCAAAGACCACGACGCCGUUAUAUUCCCGGGUGGUUUCGGGGCGGCGAAGAACCUCUGCACGUGGGCCGUGCAGGGGAAGGACUGCUCGGUGAAUGACGACGUUAAGGCGGCGCUGCAGGCGUUCCACGGCGAGGGGAAGCCCAUCGGCCUCUGCUGCAUCGCGCCCGUCCUGGCUGCCAAGGUGUUCCCCGGCUGCGAGGUCACCGUCGGCAUCGAGAAGGACGACAAGUAUCCCGACACGGCCGACACCGCGGCGGCCAUCAGCCAGCUGGGCUGCAAGCACGUCAGUAAGGGCGUCGGCGAGAGCCACGUGGACGAGAAGAACAAGCUGGUCACCACCGCCGCGUACAUGUGCAACGCUCCGAUACACGAGGUAUUCGAUGGCAUCGGGGCGAUGGUGCAGGACGUGCUGAAACGCGCUUGAUUGUCCCAGAACUCGCAUGGAGAAGAGAACAGAAGGAGGGGGAGGCAAUGGGGGG